UAGGUUGUAGCAUUUUUUGAACAGCUGAAGCAAGACUAAACGUCAUCUGUUAUUAACAUCAAAAUGGCAAGUAAAAGCUUCGGAGUAGGAGAUCUUGUUUGGGCAAAAAUGAAAGGCUUUCCAGCAUGGCCGGCCCGUAUAACUAAAUCAUCGAAGAAGCCAAAGAAAGGAAAACACUACUUUUUUUUUUUUUUUUUUUUUUUUGGAUCAGGUAAUUAUGCCUGGAUAAUGGAUAGUAACGUUGUACCACAUACAGACAGUAUGGUAAGUAGUACUAAAAAACGUUCCGUUGCAUUACAGAAAGCUGUUGAAGCUCUAUUAAAAUAUAAGGAAACCUAUGUGCAUGAAUCUGAUUAUGACUAUAGUGACAGUGAAACACUAGAGACAAAAGAUGCACAAAAAAUUGGUUUUCUUGGUCUGGGCCAUAUGGGCCAAAAAAUGGUGCUGAAUCUAUUGAAUACAGGACAUCAAGUAACAGUUUGGAAUCGAAGCCCAGGAAAAGUGGAAAGCUUUGUAGAAGCUGGUGCAAAUAGAAGUAUGACUCCAGCUGAUGUUGUUACAGCUUCUGAUAUAACAUUCUGUUGCCUUUCUUAUCCAGAAGCUGCAAAAGCCAUGGUCUUUGGAAAUUGGGUUGUGCUAAAAGCACUGCAAAGCUGCGAUGUAGGUGGAAAAGGAUAUGUGGAAAUGACUUCUAUUGAUCCAGACACAUCUCGUGAUAUAUUUGAAGCAAUAACUUCUAAUGGGGGCAAGUAUCUUGAAGCCCCAGUCAUCGGCACAAAGAAACAAGCUGAAGAAGGAACUUUAUUUAUACUAGUUGCUGGUGACAAGUCUUUAUUUGAAAACUGUAAACCAUGCUUCCGUGCAAUGGGAAAUAAUACAUAUUAUGUAUCGAAAGAAAUCCCAAAUGGUUCAAAGAUGAACCUUAUUCUUAGCAUGUUUGUUGGAACAACAUGUGCAGCUUUAUCAGAAGCCAUGGCUUUAGUAGAAAAAACAAGUUUAAGUCCCAAGGCUUUCAUAAAAAUCCUUUCAUUAUUAAACUUUAAUAUUGAAGAAAUGCAAGACAAAGCAGACCGUAUGCUUACUAAGAAUUUUUCAACUAACACAGCUUUGAAACAUAUGCAGAAAGAUUUGAAUUUCGCCCUGAUGAUGGGAAAUAGUGAAGAUCACAUCAUGCCUCUCGCUGCUGCAGCAAAUGAAAUUUAUAAACAUGCAAAGCACCUUGGAUUUUCUGACCACGACGUCAGUGCUGUGUAAUAAUUUGUGUGGCAUUUAUUUUUUAUAUACCUAUAUGGUUUUUCAUCCUCAAGAAUAAAAUGCUGAAACCCGUAUGGACUUUAAAGAUUGUUAAAGGAAUUACAUUCCCUAGUGACUUCAGCAUUAGUUUUCGUAAUGAAUUUGUUUUGAUUUGAAUUAUUUAAUAUAUUCUGGACAUUGUGAAGAAAUAAUGGACAUUUAGCUAAUGUUAAACAAUUAAAUUUCUUUUGAUGAGCAUUACUUUUUAUUAUUUUUGAUAUGAGCAUUUCAUUGCAAAAUCAAACUGGUUUUUUUCAGUGCAGUAGAGUAGUACUGAAUGUAAUGUAAAUUUUACAGUAAACAGUAAAAUUUUUGAUUGAUACUAAA